AUGUCGGUGCGGAUAAGUGGUGCAUUUAAUGGCCAGAGACGACUGCUGUCGUUGUUUGGAAACAUCGGAGGAAGUAUGAAGAAGAUUGUUCCUAAAGAUCAUGUAUAUUUCAAGGUUAAAAGACCGGUUGGAUUAAAGGAAAAACCGAAGCAUUUAUCGAAGGUGUCGAAAGGCAAGCAUCUCACAAAAGAGGACUUGGACAUCCCAAGAAAGAUAUGGAACUUUUACUUUGAUGGACUGACGCGAAAGACUCGUGUCAGUAAGAUUGAGAAGGAAAUGGCAUAUGGAGGAAUGUACGAUUUCCACGUUUACAAUAAAACAAAGGGGAGGUUAUUCGCAGCACCACCAUCAUAUUUCAAGCGUGAGAAAGCACUUUACUUUCCAAAUUUUGCCGUGAGGUCAUUGGCAAAUGAUCAGAAAGAGCUUCUAGAUCUGGUAGCUGGAUCUAAAGCUACAAUAUUACGAGUUUUUUCAACUCGAACGGGCGAGGAGAUGACCAAAGAGUAUUUCAAGGUUCCGGAUUCGGAAGAAAGCUACUUGGCAGAUCCCGGCAUUGACCAGCUUAAGCAAAGCUACCCAGAUGCGCAAAUAUUACAACUCAUGCUAAGUGAUAGCUGGAUCAAGUAUUUGCUACAUGUGUAUGUGUCUGGUCCUAAACUCAGGCAGUUACUGCCGGAAAGUGUGCAUGAGAGGUUUCUAUUUGCAAUGCGAGAUGAUGUGCUCAGCAUGGAAGAUAGAGAACGACUCCUCAUGACAAACUUAUACUCUGGAUACGUUUAUGUUCUCGAUAACAGCAGUCGAAUAAGGUGGGUUGGAUCCGGAUGGCCGGAAGGUGACGAGGUGACCAAGAUGUGGAAUGCUGUUCGGGGUGUUUCAAGAGAGGUUAAUGUGUCAAAAACGAACUGCUGA